AAACUUAACGUCUGCUGGUGCUAACACAAUUCUAUUAAUCCUCUCAUUUUUAAUUAUUGUUACUUCUAUUUCUACUUAUAUUCGCUAUGGAGGUGUACGAUUUCGAGAAAUCCUUGCUUACCCGCCUACAGGAAACUUCAGAUGUGUUGUGCGCCCGAGGCAUAGCGCUUCCGGCUUCCGAGGUACGUACCGAAUGGGCCAACUAUGUGGAGAUGGCGAUCGAACCCACCGGGUGGCAAGCACAGUGGCGAGUACCCCGUGUGAUAUGUGAGGAACUGUCGAUCAAGUUUCCAACCGUUGUCGUUGGUACGGUGGAGCAGGUUCUUUUUGAUGAGCUCAAAGCCAUUUUUACCGUUGAGUCGGUGCAGGAGGAUGAUGUGCAUAUGCCCGAUAAGCAGAUGGUUUCGCUGGAAGAGUUAUGGCCAUUGAAAGAGCAAGAAAAUGAUGCACUCAAUGUUGAUCGCACGGCAGAUUGUUUGGAUCGGUUGAGGUUCUUCUAUCAGCAUGUGUGGAUGCCUUGGGAUAACGACGAGGAUGACGAUGGAAGCGAUUGGGCCGAGAAGAACCUGUACGAUAGGAUCAAGUUUUAUUACGAUGUCAAGAAGCGGGCAAUGUCCAAGAGAUUAGUUUCGCACGUAUUGGCUUUGCUGGCCGAAGCUAAUUAUGUGCAGAAGAAACGGGAGCUGCUGGAGAUGGAAAUCGAAGAAGAGGAUGGCAAUGUGAAUGGUUCAGAGAGUGAAAGUUUGGUUGAGAAUAGGAGGACAAGCAAAUUGGUCGAGCUCCAUCUACGGUUGAAUGUUAUUAAAAACGAGAUGAAGAUUCUGGAAGAUCCGACCUUGAGAGAAGCGUUUGAAAAAGUUCGUUUUGGAUCGACCGCAGAUAAGCGAACAGAAGAGGAAGUUCUGAUUGUGGUUCAAACUGGAACAUUGGAUCAACAUAUUGGGUACUUAAACGAAGCCAAGGCAAUAGUUGCUCAGUCAAAAACUGUUCGGAUCUGUGAUUCUUUGCAAGGUGCUCUAGAUAGAUGCAUCCCAUCGAAUGAACUUUAUCUGCCGCCCGGAAGACAUGUAAUCAAAUUUCUGGAAUAUCUUAAUAGUGGGGGAUCAUUGAAAGCCGUGAAGGCUAUGUCCUUCGUGGAUGCUUGCGAGAAGGGACAGCUUGAUGCAAUUGAAGGUAAAACGUUUGUUAGCUCGAAGGACGACGAUAGCGUACUUCUGACGGUCGACGGAGAUUAUUGCUUCGAGAAUAUCGUGCUGGAUUGUGGCAAUGUUCGAACCGGCGUUCUCAUCAAACAGGGCAAUGUAGCGUUCAAAAAUUGCUGCCUGAUGGGUGACGCCAAGUCUAGUACCAAACAGGGCAUAGUGGCGUUUGGAAACUCAACAAUUAGUUUGGAAAACUGUGUCCUGAAGGACUUUUCCACCGGUAUCUACGCGAAUGAAAACUGCCAAAUCCAUCUGAACGGCAGCAUUGUUAUGGAUUGCAUCAACGGACUUGAUAUCCUGUGUGGGGGCCAGGCCAGUUUCCAUUCAUCGGAAAUUCGUAACUGUAAAACGUACGGUGUCCUUUUGGAAGUUCUGGACCUGAACACAUCGCAAGAAGCAGAACAAACUCGGAAGUGCUACAACAAUUACAUCGAAAUCGGUCGAAGCGAAUUGAAGUUCGAGGGCAUCUGCGAAUUCCGGGACAAUGGCAAGGCUAAUUUCGUCAUAUCCAAGACCGGAAACUGCAAAUUCAACAACUCCUGCUUCGUGGAACAGUCGACGCCAUCGAAUGUAAGUAGCUACCCUCAUGGAUCGCCUAAACACAGCGGUAAAGCUGAUGUUGACCAGGACGUAGACAGAGACCGUGACUACAAAGCACAGCUAGAUGACGUGAAAAACUUACUAUGGGGCCAUGAUCAAACAAAGAGUAACAAAGGAAGGCUUGAUUCGCCCGAGUGCAACGGCUGCGAUGAAAGUGGUGCAGAUGACGAGUCAGAUCUGUACGAAACGGGACGGGAUAGGACAGGGUUUGGAAGUAGUUGCACGAGCAGUACGACUAGUAUGGUUGAUGAUUCCGUUGUAAUAGAAAUCGACGAGUCUGUUAUUGAAAUUGAUUGAGAGGAUUCGUUGUUUCGUAAAAUUUCAUAUAAAAUAGCAUAAACCCAUUCAAUGUUAACGAAAAGAAUAUCAAGUUAAUUAUUUAGGAACGCGUUUAAUACGCAAAGAAAAGUGAGAGAAAAUGCAAGA